AGAGAGAUAGUAGAACGGAAGCAGCCAACGGCACCACCGGACCACCGACCACCCGUUGCUGGACUUCUCACCGCAACACCGCCACUACCCGUCAACCCAGCCCACGUUAUGGAUUUUCCCGAUGAUUACAGAGCACAAGUCGUCGAAGAUAGAAUUUCCAUUAGUUGUGGUGAUAAUGUACUGCAAUACAAGCAAAUAAGGUUAACUGAAUUGGAAUCAAUGGAGUCUCUCCAUCAUUGUUUGAGAGAAAUGGAGAGCAAUGAGUGGUUUCCUACUAUUCUUUUUCCAUUUACUUUUGAGGGUUCUAACAACCCAAAUAUAGUAAUGGUUAAGGUAGUUGAUGGCAAACCAAUCUCAGAAUUUGAUGCGAAUUGGUUUUUUCCAAUCCUGAAGGUUCGCAAAGACUUCACGUUGGAGGACAAAUCCUUCAAUAAUGUGCGUUUGUAUGCUAGUAUGGGUUUUAAAAAAGUUAUGUUAAGUAUUGUCAAGAAUGUUGUAACAUUUAAAGACAAAGCUUUUAGACCCAUAUUGGAUUCUCAGCAUAUGUACAUGGGUGAAGGCAAUAAAGUUGUUUUUACUAAUUAUGAAAAAAGAGAAGCGCAUCAUGAUUGGAUGUUUGAAGCAACUGAGUUAUCCAAGUUUUUCAAAAGCAUAGGACAAUAUAAGGCAAGGGGUUCAGUUACCAUAUAUUCGGAACUGAAGGCCUUUGGUGAUUGGUUGAUUACAACUUGCCAUAAUGAUAUACUUGGAUUCUGAAAAUUACAAGAUGUCAAGGCCGACAACUAGAAAUUUUCGAGAUGUUAUUAGUAAUACAAAAAACGCAAUCCUGAAACAUGCGCAAAAGGAGGCUGACGAUGACUUUUUGAAUAAAUCUGACAAAUAUAUUCUAGGACUUCGAACUACAUAUCCUAGUUGGCGGCGUUCAAAUAUAUUGGGAGCAACUCCUCGUAUGAUUGCAGCAACUCCUCAAUUAAGAUUAGGGCAUUUGAUAUUAGAGCAAGGAUUAACUCGUCUAAGAGAUAUAUAUUGACACGCCUUUCAAGUUACAAAUAUUUGCAAGAUAGUAACUUACAAAAGGAGUGCAAGUGAAGAAGGUAGAAAAAGUUCUUUAGGUGCGGAAUACUUAUACACAAUGGGUGACCUUCAUGAAGAUUUCGUCAUGUGUUGUACAGUUUAUGAAGAGAUGACUAGUAUGGCUUUUCAACAGACUGUCAGUAGUUGAGAUGUGAUGAGGAUAGCAUGGUGGAAAGGGAAUUAAUGAAACCAUUCUUUGGCAAGAGGUGAUUUCAUUUUAUUUGUCUUUUAUAUCUGCUACAGAUAGACAUAGCAUAGAACAUAAGCAUGUAAGGUACAAUUUCAUGGCUUUGGUAAUUGUAACUUAUCAUCCCCUUGAAGAGACCUAGUUCAUGCAGGCGAUAUAUGUAAGGUAUUGCUACACCUAUCUUUACUUUUGGCCUUUGAAACAUUUGAGGUGAAAUGCAGGAUGUUAAACUUGUGUGGAAAUAGGUCCCUAAAAACUUGAUUUUUCAUUAUUAAUUUUGUGCAGAAAUAUGCUCAUUACAUGACCCCAUUUGCAAACUAUUAACUCCAAAGUUUUGGCAGCAUUAAAACUUUCAUUGCAUCUACUAUGGAAAGCCCACACUAUUGGGUAAUAAAUUUAUAGAUUAUAUUUAUUAUUUGUUUGGGCUUUGGACCAACUGACCAAGUAUUUACCUAUGAUGUAGGAAAACAAAGGUGUUUGCUUAGGAGUCGAAGUUAUUUCCAUGGGAAAUUAGGCUUACUGGGAGUUGUGGAAGUGAAGUGUUGCUUGGUUGGUUGUAGGUGUAGGAAAUUUGAUUUUCUGAGAAUUGAGGAAGAAGGCAUGCCUUUCUUUUACUGGAAAUAUAAUGAUGAGGAAGAAGAAUAGCAACAAGUUGGUCGAUCUAUUCAGAAUUAAUGAAGUUGGAAAACAUACAGGAGAAUGCUAGAUAGGUGCUGGUUGUUUGUGUUUCUUUUUUAAAUCAUGCUAAUUUUUUGAAUUACCUUACAUUUUUGUUGCUUAGAUCAACCUAAAGUUUGCCUUAAUUUCCCUUAAAUGAGCCUGAUUGGAUGUCCCCAUGCUAUGGCUACUCAUCAAAUUUGAUUACAACUGUGAUUGGAUGUCUCUCAUCUUAUUAAACCUAUUUUUCAUAGUAAUUUGUUUGAUCUUUUCAUUUUUUUAUGCUUUUGUUGCUCAAUUGAUGGAGUAUUGAUCUGUUUUAAUCUAUUUUGCAGCAUCUAUUUUUUCAUGGGGUGGUUGGAAAUUUGUUACCUAUAAAUCUAUAAUUGCUUGGUAAACUUUUGAUCUUCUUCCCCCCCCCCCUUUUUUUUUUGAGGUACGAUUUUUUUAUUUUAUCAGGCUGCUUUUUGAUAAGGUUGAUUUGGUGUUCAUUGUUUCCAAGUCCAAUGGUUCGAUGCGAUAUGCUGAGAUGAUGCUUGUCCAGUUUAGUUUGCUGGCAGCAAGAUCACCAUGACAUUGACAUAUGAACUUCUGAGUAUCUUGACACUUUUUCCUGUCGAGUAUUGUGCUUAAACUAAAUUGACUGUUUUGCUUCAUUUUUGCAGAUUGGAAGUGUUUCAGAUAAUGAGUUGCUGGCUUUACUUGACCUGGCUCCUGUCCACUGACACAUUGCUAUGAAUCAAGGUGGCAAUCUGCCAAUAUUAUUCACUUACUCGAGGAGGAAGCUACUUGAGUCUUUUAGCCAGAGUUUGUUAUUAAUCAAAGUUUGUUAUUUUGCAGUUGUUACUUGCUUGCUGCGUGUGUUAGUCUGUUAGAGAAUCUAAGAGUUUUCUUAACAAAUAGGGAGUACACUGUGGCAGUCGAUUUCAUUCAGAAAAGUUGCUUAUGCUUGCACAAUUGGACAUUUCCCUUCUUGAAUUGGGGCAUAGCUUGUAUUACUGAGUGACUUCCUCUCUUUAAUACAUUCAUAUCCUUAUCUUUUCUUCUAUAA